CCCUCCCCUUGACGCGCGUCCGACGUUUACUCCGCCACUCGCUAGAUGAGGCUGCAGCUCACUUCUUGAGCAUGAAAUCCGGGCACCUUCUUGCAGGAAAAGACGCGGGACACGAAACGCGAUCCGGCGAUACCCCGGUGGUUUCCUGGCUCCGUUAUAGCGACCUUUAACUGCGCCCGCAAGAUAAUGGCUUUCCGUACGUGCACGGUUUCUUCAGGAGAAUGACGGCGGUGUCCCUGUGAGAAUGAAAACCCCUCCUCAGCCACUAUGGUUGUAGAUAGCGCCAUGCUGGACAAGACCAGUGACAAAGGCCAACAGACUGGGCACUGCUCAGACUGUGGGUGCAGUUUCAGCCUACCACAGCCUGACCCCGACCCCGACCCCGACCCAGCCAGCACUUCAUCCCCUCCUACGCAGCAGCGUGUGCUCAAAGCAGACGAUCCAUCCAAAUGUCCAUCCUGCCGGGCGGGCAGCGGCCUCGCUAACGGUCGGCGGCCACACCGUCGCAUCCGCCUGGAGCCCCACAGCUGCAGCCUGUGCAACAAAACCUUCAUCUCCUCCGCCCACCUGACCCUUCACCUCGCCUCGCACAACAAGGAGAGGAAGUUCAGGUGCAGCACCUGCGGCAAGUACUUCCAUCAGUCCUCCCACCUGAUGGCGCACAAGAUAAUCCACAGCGGGGACAGGCCAUUUAAAUGCCCGGAGUGUGGAAAGACCUUCGGCCGUGCCUCGCAUCUGAAGACCCACCGCCGGCUCCACACGGGCGAGAAGCCCUUCAAGUGCACCUACUGCGACAAGUCGUUCACCCAGAAGGCCGGGCUCCUGGCGCACGUUCGUCUGCACACAGGGGAGCGGCCCUACAAGUGCGAGCAGUGCGGCGAGGGUUUUCGCUCUCUGUCGCUCCUGCUCUCGCACAAGGCGGAGGAGUCCUCUGGGCAGGCCAAAGCAGCGUCCGCGCCGGCACCAGCCCAGCCCCAGAAAACUCAUGGCAGCCCGGAGGAUCUGAAGUGCGGCGUCUGCUGCCGCACCUUCGUUCGAUCGUCAUACAUCCGGCUGCACAUACGCCUCAAGAAGGGCCAGCGACCCUACCACUGCCGAGUGUGCAACAAGACCUUCGUCAAGCUGGACACGUUUGUGAACCACUGCGACAAACACUUGAGGCAGAAGAAGGAUAAAAGCAAGGAAGUUAAAGUCAAAGUUGUUAAACCGCCCCUGUUUGUCCCCCUCUCCGGGCCCACUUCUCCUGAGCCCUCCCCUGCUCAGGCUUUAUCCUCCGAGGUCAACACACGCUCCAGGUCAAAAGCAAAGAGUAAAACGGAGCAAUGACCCAGAGGGGUGCAUCCACUCACACGAACAUGGUCUUUAAGUAAGAACUGUGUCGCAGCAGUUCUGCCACAGCACAUGAUAACACAUGCAGGACGGUAGUUUCAAGUCGUCAUAACAAAAAGAAAACAAAAAAACCCCACCUGAAACAGAUGAAAAGUGACAU